UGUGUCGCUGCCUUUACCUUGUUGUCUUUCCGAACAUCUGGAGCAGAAAUUUCUCCGGAAAUAAAAUUGUCUGAACUCUUUCGUCAAGUCAGUAUGGGUGUGUUUGACAACUGUUCAGUUCUUCUGGAGCUCAAAAACUUGCCUUUCAAGGAGAAGAAGAAGCUGAAAUCAAUAGUGACAUUGAAUGGAGGCAGCAUUUCUUUCAUAGUCAACAAACAGUGCUCUCUGGUGGUGACCUCCGACUUGUCCAACCUGAGCUCCAACAGGCUGCGCAGCAUCCAGAAGAACCAGACGCCGGUGGUCGGCUUUGAUUAUCUGUAUAAAUGUGUGGAGAGAGGCGUUCUUCUGUCUUUGGACGAGUACAAGAUGGACACUUCAUCAUCUCUAGAUCCUCCUCCUCCCUGGAAGUCACCGCAGAGAGCUCCACUAACUUAUAAAGGUCCGACCUCAUCAGAGGGACCAGCUGUUGAAAAAAACAAUCAGAAGUUCAGAAUCUACAAAGAGUCGGAUUCUGCUCUCCCAGCAUUCCCCGAUGAUUUCCAGGUGGCGAAGUACUCCGUUUUCGGACAGGAGAACGGCAGCAGGUUUUGCGUGUUGGAGCUGCAGAGCGCCAAAGGUGAGCAGGGACGGCGCUAUCGUGUGGCCAGAUACCUGAAGGACGACGUGGUGUCGAAGAAGACAGCUGUGAUGGAUCGGCUGGUGUUCCUGUCCACUUCAGAAGAAGCUCUGGACGUUUACAAGGUGCUGAGUGAAGAACUGGAUCGCUCUGAGCUGCAGAGGAUGAGCAGCUUACCUGCUGAGGCGCCACACCUGGGCUCUGCUCCCCUGCAGCAGCUGCUGCUGGAGGAGAAACUGAACUCCGAUGAGUUGUCCCCAGACGUGGCGGCGUUUGUGGAGCUGCUGUGGACUGAAGCUCUCGGUUGCCUUGGAAACAUCCUCAGAGUCCCCAUCUCCAGACUCAGCCUGAACGAUGUGAGCAGAGCUGAAGGCCUUCUGCUUCAGGCGCAGAGGAAACUGAAGGAGGGAAACAAGGAAGAGGCGUCAUCCCUCCUGGACGAGGUUUUCACCCUGCUGCCUCACCGGGAACCCAGACCUCAGUCACCUACAGCCAGGUUUCUGUCUCAGAAGCUGGAUCUCUGUCAGUUAAUCCGGGAUGUUCUGAAUGUGAGCGAGAUGACCUUGAACGACCCGAAGCCGUCCUCCGUGGGGAAGUACCGCGCUCUUCGCUGCCACAUCGAAGCCAUUCCCCGCAGCAGCUCAGUGUUUCAGAACGUCGCCGCCCUGCUGGCUGACGGGUCGGUGCAGAUCCAGCAGAUCAUGCGGGUCAACAGAGCGGUGGAGCUUCAAACGUUUCAGAGCGAGAUCGGGAACGUUAAACCCCUCCUCCAUUCAUCCAGCCCCAGCAACUUUGUAGGAAUCAUGUCCAGAGGUCUGCUGCUUCCCCAUGUGGGAGUGGAGCAUCAUGGGAUUACGAGAACGGACGUCGGGAACCUUGGCAGCGGGAUUUACUUCGGUGAUGCUUUGAGCACCAGUCUGAAGUACGCCAAACCCAGUGAAACAGACGGAUCGCGCCUCCUGCUGGUCUGCGAUGUGGCUCUGGGGGUUAGUAAGGAUCUCUAUAAGAGAGACCAGACUCUGACCGAGGCUCCUGAAGGCUACCACAGCGUUCACGGAGUCAGACGAACCAACAAAACUACAUCUGAUUUUGAGGAUGACGAGUAUGUGGUUUACUCUAUUGACCAAGUGAAGAUAAAAUAUGUAGUUCAGUUCAGAAAGGAAGGAGACAAGCAGAAGACUUUCAGUCCGGACAUCAACCUGACUGCAGAACCCAUUGAGUCUGCCAAGAACCCAGGUCUCACUUCAGAACAUGUAGAAGAAGAUCUAGAAAAUGUGAAGAACCCUCUGGAGGACGUUAAAGCUGGACUGUUGGACAGUUCAGGCCAGCAGCUCCCCCUGCAGGCCGUCCAUGUAAAGUGCAAACUGAUGGAUCUGCUCUCCCAGGUCAUCAUCUUCCAGAAAUACACCAAUCAGAGCUCAGUGCCCAUUGAGGCGAAGUACGUCUUCCCGCUGGACGACUCAGCUGCCGUGUGCGGAUUUGAAGCUUUCAUCAAUGGGAAGCACGUGGUGGGAGAGGUGAAGGAGAAGGAGACGGCUCGUAAGGAGUACAAACAGGCGAUAGCCAAAGGCCACGGAGCGUACCUCAUGGACCAGGACGCUCCUGAUGUGUUCACCAUCAGCGUGGGCAACCUGCCGCCCGGUGCCACUGUCCUCAUUAAGGUGACCUUUGUGUCAGAGCUGGUGGUCAGAGACGGGAGCAUCCUGUUCUCCCUGCCGGGUAGCGUGGCUCCAUGGCAGGAAAGCGCCGCGCUCAACCAGACCACACAAGUCUCUGUGGAAAAGGUUUGUGUGGCCAACGAAUCAGCGAGAGAGUUUACGUUGGACAUGUCGGUGGAGAUGCCCUUUGAGAUCUCUAGCCUGACCUGCAUCACCCAUCAAGUCAAAAUUAAGAGGACUGACUGUAAGGCAGUGAUCAGUGUUCUGCCGGGUCAGGUCAUGGGGUCAGAUGGUUUCCAGAUGUCUGUCACUCUCUCUGAGGUUCAUCUUCCCAGAAUGUGGGUGGAGAAACACCCAGACAAGGACAGCCAGGCCUGCAUGCUGGUUUUCUACCCAAACUUUGAGUUUGACUCCAGCUCUGAAGGCAGUGAAGUUGUUCUCUUGCUGGACACGUCUGAGUCCAUGAAGGGGGAAUCGUUCCAGCUGGCCCAGAAAAUUGCCCUGCAGGUUUUAAAGAACCUGAAGAACGACAUCAAAAUCAACAUCGUUUUGUUUGGAACAGAUCACACAGAAGCUUUCCUGACGACCCAGAAACUCAACGAGGUUCAAGCUGAAGCCAAGAAGUUCAUCAAGAGCUGCUCCUCAGUAGGGGGCAGCACUGAGCUGUGGCUGCCUCUCCGGGCUCUUAGCCUGCUGCCGCCGUCCGACGGCGUGCGAAACCUGCUGCUGCUGUCGGACGGCCACAUCCAGAACGCGGCGGCCACGCUGCAGCUGCUCAGAGAUAACGUCCAGCACAGUCGCCUCUUCACCUGCGGCUUCAGCUCCACAGCCAAUCGCCACAUGUUGAGAGCCCUGGCUCAGGCAGGGGGCGGAGCUUAUGAGUUUUUUGACUCUAAAGCGAAGUACACUUGGGCUGAGAAGGUGGAGCGCCAGGUGAAGCGCAUGUCGUCUCCCGGCUGCAGCUCCGUCUCUGUGAAAUGGCAGCAGUUCAACCCCAGAGCUCCUCCGGUUCAAGCCCCGAAACAGCUGAACGCUCUGUUCAACGACUGCCACACGCUGGUUUACGGCUUUGUGCCCCACUGCACUCAGGCGACUCUUCUUGGAGAUUUGCGUGGUCAGGAGCUUCAAACCAUGGUGUCAACAACAGAGCUGCAGAAGACCAGAGGAACGUUUCUUCAUAAGCUCACAGCAAGAGCCCUGAUCAGAGACUACGAGGAUGGAAACCUUGAUAUCACCGAAGCUGAGCACGAGGGUAAAAAAGCAGAGCUGAAGUCCUUCAUCAUCGAUCUGAGCAAAGAGUUCUCCAUACUGUCUCAGUUCACUAGCUUCGUGGCCAUCGAAGAGAGGGAUUCUGAGAAGGCAGAUGAUGGCGUCACAGACAUCCCAAAGCUGGUCGCAGAGGAGGAUGUGGACUUCUUGCCAUACAUCAACUGGAGUCUUCCUGAGGACAAAGAAAAAGUUGUGGUUUGUGAUGCAGAGUUAUCUGAAGAAAGCGAUCGCGACAUGAUGCCCGCAGAACUUUGCUCCACUGAAGAGAUAUAUGACGACCUCUAUGCACCUGAUAUGAGCUUGUGCGAUAUGCUGUCCGCAGAACUUUGCUCCACUGUUGAGAUAUAUGACGACCUCUAUGCACCUGAUAUGGGCUUGUGCGAUAGGGUCUAUGGUGAAGAUUUGUGCAACAGAUUACCUCCUAAGAAAAAGAAACUUCUGCUCCAGGCACCUGAAGAGAGCGAGCGCGAAAGACGUGAGAUCCCCCAGAGGAACCUUCGUGUAUGUUCCAUUGCAUCAUAUCUUGAGGCACCUGAAGAGAGCGAGGACGAAAGAUCUAGGGAACUCCAGGAAGAAGCACCUGAAGAGAGCUUGCGCGAAAGAUGUAGGAAACUCCGGGAAGAAAGGAACCUUGGUUUAUGUUCCAUUGCAUCAUAUCUUGAGAAAUCUGAAGAGUUAAAUGACGAAGCACCUGAAGAGAGCUUGCGCCGUAGACGUGAGAUCCCCCAGAGGAACCUUGGUGUAUGUUACAUUGAACCACAUUGUGAGAAAUCUGAAGAGUUAAAUGACGAAGCACCUGAAGAGAGCUUGCGCCGUAGAUCUAGGGAACUCAAGAAAUCUGAUUUUAGCUUGCGCCGUAGAUCUAGGAAACUCAAGGUCAAAGUACAAGGCAUCACAAAUUUUUUGUCAUCUGAAGAGAUGGAUGUUGAUAGAUCUAGGAAACUCCAGAGACGUGCGAUCCCCCAGAAAUUUGAAGAGAUAAAUGACGAAAGAUCUAGGGAACUCCUGGAAGAAGUACAAACCUUCACACAUUUAUCGACAUCUGAAGAGAGCGAGGACGAUUCAUCUGAAGAGAUGGAUGACGAAAGAUCUGAAGAGACUGAGAGAUCUUGGAAACUCCAGGAGAAACCUCUAGAGUUAAUAAAGAAAGCUUGUAAGUACCACAGGAGCACAGAGACACAGGCCCCGAUCCCACUGAUGGGUAUGUCUGUUGCUCCCGGGUCCUCCAUACUUUGGCCUCCAUCUGCAAGGGUCAGUGAAGCUCCACUACGUCGUCGUCGUGCAUUACUUUCAAAUCUAAUGGAUGGUCUGGUUUGUCAAGCAUAUGAUAUACAGCCACAUCAUCCAUCCUUUGAAGCUCCAGACCCAGAAGAGCAGAAGCUGAAGUGGAUUAAGAUCUUCCAACUGCAGCAGGCGGACGGAUACUGGGAGUUAACUGUUGAGCUGGGAAAACUGGUCAAUGUCAACGUGGAUGCGUUUGCUAACGUGUUCCUGAAGAACAAAGGCAUUCAUUCUCUGGGUGCGAAGGCCAAUGCAGGCAUCCGGAGGCUGGUGGCGACUCUGUUGGUUCUGCAGCUGAUGAGGGAGGAGGAGCUGGAGGAAGGAAAACUCCUGCAGAGUUUGUUUAACCUGAAGGAGCCGACUGGGUCCAGGUCUGAGCGCUGGCAGCAGGUGAAGAAGGCAGUGGACUGGGUGCGUUGGGCCGACCGGGAGUAUCCGUGCGCCUGCAGCCGGCUGGAGUUCGGCUGGAGCUGGGAGUCUUCCACCCGCCAGCUGCUGGGCUUCGAACGCUUCCCCCCGUUCUCACCGCUCAUCAGCCUGGAGCUGCAGAAGACCGCAGCGCCGCUGGCCAUCCACUGAGGAAAUGAUGCAACAUUUUCUGAAAGUCAUAUAUCAAUUUGUAUUUUGUUUUGCUUUUUUAUCUGCUUUGGUUUGUGUUUAUGUGCAAAGAGGUAAAGAUCUUCAAAAAUUACAUGACAAAAUAUUAAAAUAUUUUAUAAUUUUAAAACAUGAGAGGAAGGAAGAGAAAGAUUUAUGUUUCAUCCACUUAAAUGAUACAAAUGGAUAAAUAGAAUUAGAAACAAAACUGUUAUUAAUCACAAACUGGAGAACAUAAUUGAUGCCACAAUGUAAACAUCUUCCUCCCUAAUAAAUUCAGAAAUGGUGGAUUGCUUUUAUCUUAAAAACUAACAAGAAUAGAUUAAAAUGUGUUUGAUACUUUUGGAAUUUAAUUCUUGUUGUGUUUUAAAACUAAUUUUUUGGGAGAAAUUAGCAAAUUUUUGAACUCACUUUCAGAUUUUACUUUUAUCUAAAGAUGGCUUAGAUCUCAAAUAUAUAUAUAUUUUCUUUAUCUUUUGUUGUUUUUUAAGGCGGUUUAAGGCGCCUUUGGUUUUACAAACUGCUUUACAUAUAAAAUCAGUAUUCACAUGGAAAUGGUUGCAUGCAUUAGAAAAACAAACAGCAAAAAUAAUCUGAACCUAUUUUCAGUAUCAGUUAAUCUAAAGCCACAUUAUUUUUCACUAUCUAUGACAGUAACCUGUUAAAAUAAAAUUUCAACGGCUCUUUAAGUACUUUAUUCAGUUAUUAUGUCAACAAAAUCAUCCAAAGAAUGCUAAGGUGGCUUGUUUUUAUACCCGUGUUUAUUGAAUCUGUAAUCAUUUUUAUUCGACAGAUUAAAGUAAUCUGAAAAUGUU